CCGAUAACUUCUCGUUGUUCGUUGUCAUUCGUGGAGUAUAAUCACUGUAGCCGCAUCGUUAGAGUGAAGGAAUAACGGUUUCGUGCAACUUUAUUUUGAAAAAAUCCUUUUCUGUUUGUGAUUCGGAGAGUUUACGAAUUUCUUCUUUUUUUUUUUUUCAUUUUAGAGGGCUAUUUUAAUUUUUUGGAAUACAAAAAUGGCAGAGAAUGGGAUGAACGGGCACGAUGUCGCUGUAAACCAGUGGAAGGUUGGACUUAUGAACAGUGAGGGGAAAUAUCUCACGGCAGAAAGUUUUGGCCAUAAAGUCAAUGCAUCAGGUGUAGCUUUGAAGAAAAAACAAAUGUGGAUCUUAGAACAGGAUCCUGCUGAUACGGAAAACUUUAUCUACAUUCGCAGCAGUCAGAACUUUUACAUGACGGCCGACAAAUACGGCGAAGUCAAAGUUGACGUCGAAGCGGAGAACAAAGGUAAAGAUGAGAGAUUUACAGUAGAAUAUUCCUCAGAUGGUAAAUGGGCUUUCAAGAAUGUAACCCAUAGAAAUUACUUAAGCGGACUGGGUGAUCAGGUCAAAUGUUUCAACAGAACCCCCGAAAAGAAUAACUGGUGGAGUAUUCAACUGUACGCCCAUCCCCAAAUCCAUUUACGUAACGUCAAACGAAAACGGUGCGCGAAUCUGAACAUGGACACGUCUGAACUUGAGUGUUCCAAAAACACACCUUGGGGUUCAGAUGCGACUGUUUUGUUGGAAUUCGAUGAAGGGAAAUAUACAUUAAAAUCUUGCGACAACAGAUAUUUGAGCUGCGACGGCCCUUUGGAAGAAGAUGCCAGCGACAAAACGAAGUAUUGUAUGGAAAUGCAUUCCGGGUGUCUCGCUUUCAAAGACUGCAACGGUCGAUACCUUACAGCUGUAGGCAAAGGAACCAUGAAGGGUAAAAACAAAACGAUUACCAAAGAUGAAUUAUUCACGAUAGAUGAUAGUCAUCCACAAUGUCAAAUCAUAUCACACAAUGACAAGAGCGUGUCCGUAAAACAAGGCCUGGACGUAACAGCUAACCAGCCCAAAGAGGAGAUCGGUGAAACUGAGAUAUUCCAGAUGAAGUAUAACAAGGCGUCAGAUACUUGGGCAUUCCGAGCGAGCACUGAGAAAUACUGGGCACUGCAGGACGAUACAGGAACCGUACAGGCCAAACAGGCCGAACCGACCAAAAACUGUUACUUCACAAUUGACUGGCAGGAUGACGGUACUGUCGGAAUUAAAGGUCCUGAUGGAAAAUACCUUUCCAACAAACCCACUGGAAUUCUGUACUCAACAGGCACAGAUUUACAGGACGUAAACAAAUUUAGAAUCCUCGUUACGAAUCUACCACAGCUAGUUCUAAAGAGUGAAUUUGGAUUUGUCGGCACCAAUCCGAAAGAAACCCAGUAUAUAUGUAAUAAAACUAAGUACGAUAUGCUCCAAGUUACACCCGACACUGAUGGCACUUACACAAUCAAAAAUAAAAAUGGGAAGAGCUGGUAUGUGGGAGAUGACAGUAUGGUGUAUCUGGAUGAAAACCGCAGUACAAAGUUCAAGUUUCAGUUUUGUGGUAAUGCCAUGAUGGCUAUCAGAGCCCCUAAUGGCUGUUUUCUGAAAGGAGAACAAAACGGACUAUUCAAAGCAACAGCCGAAGACAUUUCAUCAUCAUCCCUGUGGGAAUUCUGAGGUGCUUGUUUUGGACAAACUUGCUAUUUAUAGCUCAUUGUGCGCUACCCAAGUUUUCUGUAUCAUUAUAUCUGCUGGUAAUCAUACAUGUAAGGUACUGGUUUACUACUUGUACUAAUCAAAAUAGGAAACAUAGUUAUCCAAAAUGGUGGUAAACACCUGGCUUGGAACUUGGAUAUAAAAGCACGGAAUCGUUGUUAAUUUGUUUAUUGUGAUUUCUUUGACUUGGACAAGAUCAUAUUUUGUCAUCUUAUAUAAACUUUAUGAGAGGAGAUAUCUUCAAAAGAAAAAAGUAUUUUGACAGUUUGCAAGAAAAUGAGUUACUGGACAUUUGAAAAAAAUCUUGAAGCAUAAAACCCAGGAUAUAUCACCAAUGACUGUCCUCGUGUAUAAUUGCACAUCAAGAACUUACAUUUUCAGUCAAACAAAAGAUCCAGAUAAACUAGAACAAAUGAUAGUAAACUGGUAGUACACUUAAAAACAAACUUAUUGUUAACUCAGAAAUAGCCAAAAACAGAAAAUUAAUGAACAUUACAAUUCAUAGUCAACUCUGGCAAAACUAUUGUGAGUUUAGAAACCAUAGUACAGGAAAGGAAACCAUGGUGGACUUGGAAACAAACACAUGGUGGACUUGGAAACAAACAUAUGGUAGACUUGGAAACAAACACAUAGUGUCUGGGAAACAAACACAUGGUGAACUUGGAAACAAACACAUGGUGUCUGGAAAACAAACACACAUUGAACUUGGAAACAAACACAUUGUGGAUUGGGAAACAAGCACAUUGUGUCUGGGAAAUAAACACACAUUUAACUUGAAAACAAACACACUGUGUAGUGAGAUAAAUGCUUCAAUAUGACCAUUCCUGUUUGCUUUCGUAUGAUUAUUUUACUGUUGAGAAGUAUUGACUUUGUAACUUGUAACUAUAGGAGUGCAUGGCUGUCAAAGAGACCGUGAUUCAUUUACAUGUCUGUAUGUCUGUCUGUCUGUCUGUCUGACUAACUUGAGCAGUGAGUAUUCUUCAGUGUCCUUAGGUAGUCUAAGGUCAUCAUAUAUUCAGAGAAAUAAACAUAUCUUGACAUCCUUUCAGUAAAAUGUUGAAACUCAAAUAUCUAAAGCAUUAGCUUCUUUCCUAGUAAAAUGUGAACUUUUAACAACAGUGAUCUAUAUUUAUCAAGUUCUGUUCUGUUGCUCAAACUUUAAAAGGAGUUAUUAUCAGGAGUUGUACUAAGGAGACAUUUUGGCUUGCUAAUGUUUGACUUAAAAUAUUUGAUACAUACUGUAGAGAUUAUAUGACAGACAGUAUUCAGACUAUUUGUACUGUAGUUUCAUUUGUUUUGUCUAUCAUUAUGUCUGUUUGUGUGAUGUGCAAAAAGCCUUUAUUUUGCCUUAUAUGUUUUCUGAAUUUAAUUUGCUUUUCGCCAAAUUGUUGCUAUAUUAUGUGUUCAAUACCAGACAUGGUGCGAUUAACUGGAGAAAAUACAUUAUUUGUAUAGCGAAGAUUUAAACAGGCUUUCUGUGAUCACUAUCUUUAUUCACCAUUAGAGGUAUGAAAGUUAUAUCUUUCCAUUUUUAACUACUGUAAUUUGAGACAAUUCUCAGUACAGGGAUAUCUAUAAAAUCUAAUGCAUGCGUACAGUUAAAAAAUUUGAGCCCCGCCAUGAGAAAACCAACAUAGUGGCCUUGCGGCCAGCAUGGAUCAAGACCAGCCUGCCCAUCCGUGCAGUCUGGUCAGGAUCCAUGCUGUUCGUUUUCAAAGUUUUUUUGCAAUUAGAGAAACUGUUAGUGAACAGCAUGGAUCCUGACCAGAAUGCACUGGAUCCAUGCUGGUUGCAAAGCCACUAUGUUGGUUUUCUCAUGGCACGGCUCAUUUAAAUUCUUAAGAACAUUCAUGUUUCCUAUAGUUAUGUUAUACAUAAUAUUAUAUUUGUUAAAUUGAUACAUUUUUUGCUGCUAUACAGUCGAACCUGUAGUAAAGACCACUUUCAAAUAAAGACUGCCUCUGAAUAAAGGUCACCUCCGAAUAAAGGCCACCUCCGAAUAAAGACCACCUCUAAAUAAAGGUCACCUCUGGAUAAAGACCACCUCCGUAUAAAGGCCAACUAUCUUUUUGAUAAACUUCAGUGUAAAUUCAACUGUACUGAGAGAUCACCUAUCAACAAAGUCAAUAUUUUUCAUUUCCCCGAGGAGGGUCUAUACAGACAGGAUUGACUGUAGUUUUUAUCACCUGACCAAAAUUCCAAGUAUUAGCCUGUAAGCCAUGAUGCUUUAUUUUUCUGUUGUUAUAUAACAUGUAUAAUUUGUACUUAUUUAUUAACUCACUCCAUUUACCUUCAUUGCAUUCAGUAGGGACCAUUAAAUCAGACUUUUUAUUAGUCAUCCUUUUUAUUAAAUCACACUUUUUAUUCUUUAAUGAUUUAAGUAUCAGUUACCAUCAAAUUGGACAUACAUUGAUUUUAUUUUAGCAUAAUUCACUAUUAAUGGUAUUCAAUCAAAACAUAGUUAGACUUUAAUUAUCAUGGUAACUAAUAACUGUAAUCUAAAAUCAAAAAGCUGUUGUGUUAGGAAACCACAAUUUACUCAAAAAGUCCAUAAAAUUGUGAUUUUGCGAUUACAGAGGGUAGAAUAUAAUGUGCUGUAUAAAUGCCUACUGUUUUGACCAAUAAUGAUGCUUUAGCAUCGAUCAUUUCUGACAUUUUGCCUUAUUUUAUCAUAACUAUAGUUUGCUUUGACUCAACAAAUUAACAUAGAAGAUGAUUAUAUUAAUGCUAGAUGUUUCAGGGCAGGAAAAACUAUACACCAAGUUCUGACAGAUUUCAGACUAUACUAAGAAAUUCUUAAAUGGACAUGCCUUCAGAUAAAGGUCAAACUAUUUCAGAUAUCAACUUUAUUUCAGUACACAUUUUAUGAGUAUGAUUAUAAAAUUUAAUUACAUCUAAAAUUUCUAAAUAUCUAAACUAUUUGAGUUUUUAUAUAUCUAAAGUACACAAGUUUUUCCAAUAUUACCCAGAAUUUGAGAAACACCUUGAUUGCAAUUAUUAACUAAUAAAAAAUUAAUACUUUCUAAAUGACAUAAGUCUGGAGUUGUGUCCCUUUAACAUAAUGUUAUUUAACCACUUAUUAUUAUUGGGUUUGUUCUUUCAUUUCAAGACUCUUCAAAGCCCUUUUAAUUCAUUUAAAAUUACUGUAAAAUUACAUUCCGCAAUGAUGAGAUCAAGGAUUGGCCACAUUAUCUGAGACACAAACAUUUGUUUCUGUCUGUUCUAGAGAUUUUGGUAGAAUCCAGACAAAGGCACAGAGCAUCAUUUUUUAUGUGUAUUGAUUUUUGGAUGCCUUUAGCAGGAAUCAAUAUUUUACCAUUUAAGAAAAUAGCUUGCUUUGUUUUAUAUCAUUUGAACAGCAGAUGUUAACUAUUGACAGUGAACUAUUGCUAUAUAAUCUAAAUGGCAUUUUCAGUAGUUGCUAUGAAACGAUUUAGAAUUGUGAAAGUAACAUAAAAUCCAAGAAACUGUAGAAAAUUGCAGGAAAAUUCCAAACCUCUAUGUGGAUGUGGCGAGAAAUACCAAAUUGAUUUUUCUAUUGCUGUAUUCUUGUACUUCAGUUUUAAAUACUAUAUACAGUACCUGCAGGGUUGGGUAGCUGCUGUAUAUUUUUAAAUGAUAAAAUCUGGUAUGGCUGCAGUUUCUGCAGGGAGGACCAAGACACAGAAGUUUAUCAAAUUUACAGAUUGCUUCUUAUCAGAAUAACAUGUACAGUUGAGUUUCUCUGAAAUAAUGUGAUGUAUACAUAUUAUUGCAUUUAAGCAAGUCAUAGUUUGUAGCCAUUUUGAGACUGCAUUUUGUAAUUAAAUGCCAAAUAUCUA